AUGUCUUCCCUAUUUUUUGCUACCGUUGGCCUGCAGCUUGCUAGCACGGUCCAAGCUUACACGCAAGUUAAUAUCAUGUCCGCUUUCAUGACCAAGAACAUCGACCCGAUCGUCUUUCCCGGGGAGUACUCGAAAUCUCACUUGCACUCCUUCUUCGGCUCCGACGCCGUCACUGCCAACACCAAGACCAGCGCCGAGCUCCAGAAAGGCUGCACUAAUGCCGAGAACCCCAAUGACUUGUCUGUCUACUGGGUCCCAACUCCACUGUACACCACCGACAAUGGCAAGACAUACAAGCCUAUGCCUAUGUUCCGAUUCAGUGCCUACUACAACUUGGGCGAGACCCCGGCCGAGGUUCCCAUCCCGCAGAAUUUGAAGAUGCUGGCCGGAAAGGCAACGGCGAGAUCUGAAGGCGAGAUGAUCGCCGGCGCUCAAUCCUCAUGGGCUUGUGAGACGAGUGGUGGCAAGAGUCUUGAUGCGAACGGGUUCCCUAGCUCAACCUGCGGCACCCACCUGCAGCAGCUCCUCUACUUCCCCCAGUGCGUCAACACCGAGACGCUCGAGACCGGCUACAAGAACAAGCGCGGCGGCUCCUGUCCACCCGGCAUGAAGAGCAUGCCCCAGCUCCGCUUCUCCAUCCGGUGGGACGUCCGCAAGGUCCUCCCCGGCGGCUGGAGCGGCACCGCACCCUUCAAGCUGGCCUGCGGCCCGGCCUGGUGCUCCCACGGCGACUUCAUCAAUGGCUGGACCCAGGAGACUGCUGAAAAAAUGGUCGAAACCUCCCGGGCGAAGUUUGAGUACUCGUCCGUCAACGGCGCGCUCGGGAAGGACGGGGAUAAGCCGAAGUGCAAAGCUUCCGAUGCCGAACCGUCGAAGGGGACGAGCGAUUACGCCGAGAGCGUGGCCGCGAUGAGCAAGCGGGAUGUGAUGACUUGGGGGUGGUCCAGCAAGUCGCGCAUGGUUCGCAACUAG